UUGCUAAAAUUUGAAUGGGCUAAAUUCUGUGUAAAUUCUUCUAACUAGCCAUUUGCACCCUUGCUUGAGCUCAAUCCAAUUUGGGUCCAUAACCAUAUAAGGGUGAUGGUGGGUCCUCGGCUUCUUGCAGCAAAAAACAAUUAGAACCUACAUUGGUGAUUGAUUCGCAAAUUAAUGACACAAACGUAGCGAAGGUAACGAUGGAGGAUGUAUGUAGCAAACAGCAGCUGAACUGAGCUCCCCUGAAAGGCUGCAACAGUCUCCCAGUUUAGUCCUCAACUCAAAUAAAUCAUGAGUACUUGAUUGGAUUGGCAUGACAUACCCGCUGGAGCGUCUACUACUACUUCUUCAGCGCUUCAUCAAACAUAGCAACCAAGUCAAUCAGAUCCAUUCCCUCCUCAUCACCAACGGUCACCUCCACUUCCAACCCGCUUGCAAGAAUUCAGCUCUGAAAUGGAUAAGCACCCUUCUUUACAACACUUUGAUCAGAGCCCACCUCAACCUCGGAGACCCUCACAAGGCCUUACUCCUCUUCACCCAUAUGCUUGCUCACCAAGCCCCACCCAACAAUUACACCUUCCCUUCUCUCAUCAAAGCUGCUGCUUCUGCCUUACCUUCCAUGGCUUCCCUUGCAGGCAGACCUAUUCACACCCAAGUCAUCAGACGAGGAUUGUCGCUUGACCCGUUUAUUCAAACAUCCCUCGUUAGCUUUUAUUCACUAAUUGGUGACAUAGAACAUGCUCGUCAUGUCUUCGAAGAAAUUCCCCACCCAUGCAUUGUCGCUUUCAAUUCAAUGCUCGACGCUUUUGGCAAGAAUGGGAAUAUGGGUAGAGCUGUUGCACUCUUCGAAUGCAUGCCCGAGAGAGAUAUAGUUUCGUGGACGAGUAUCAUUAGUGGGUUUGGGAAGAAUGGGCACUUCCAAGAGGCAAUUCGGUUUUUUGAGAAGAUGAUGUUUCAUGAAGAUAUAAUUGAUCGUCUAAUUAUACCCAACGAAGCUACAUUGGUAAGUGUCCUCUCUGCCUGCGCUAACUUGGACGAAGGAGCUUUGUAUCAAGGGAGGCAAAUCCAUGGUUACAUUCUGAGGAAUGAGAUUGAAAUAACAGUGUUUCUGGGAACGGCAUUAAUAGCUAUGUAUGGGAAGACAGGAUGUCUGGAGAGCGCGACUAGAGUAUUCAACAAAAUGACUGUUAAAGAGGUGUGCACUUGGAACGCAAUCAUUUCAUCGUUGGCUUCUAAUGGCAGAGAGAAACAGGCCUUAGACAUGUUUGAGGAGAUGAGGGUGGAAGGCCUGCAGCCAAACGAGGUUACUUUUGUUGCAGUGUUAGCUGCUUGUGCUCGUUCCAAACUGGUGGAGAUGGGUUUGAAAUUGUUUCGAUCGAUGCUGCAUGAUUUUGGUGUCAAUCCUAAAAUGGAGCACUACGGUUGCGUGGUUGAUCUCCUGGGCAGAGCAGGGCUUCUGGAGGAAGCAGCUGAAAUUAUUAGGGGUAUGCCUUUCGAGCCGGAUGCCACUGUUCUGGGGGCUCUUCUUGGUGCUUGCAGGGUUCAUGGGGCCGUUGGUUUGGCAAGUGACGUGGGGAGGAGGUUGCUUGAACUGCAGCCAUGGCAUUGCGGGCGAUACGUGGUAUUGUCCAACAUUUAUGCUGGGGCAGGGGAAUGGGGCUCUGCUGCAGAUUUGAGGAAAGCCAUGGUACAGGCUGGAAUUAGGAAGAUUCCCGCAUAUAGCUGCUUAGACUCCAUGUAGAAAUACACCGGGAUUCCGCCUUCUCUCUCUAUAUAUAUAUAUUUAUUGAUGAAAGAAAAGACUGAGCUACAUAAGACGGGGGUAGCUCUUCCCAAAUUAAUGUCACAAAACCUAAAAUCUCUAUUAUUAAUUUGACACAUUAGAGCCCUU